AUGUUGAAGAAUCUGAUGCAAGCGAAAUAGAUUCAGCAGAAGAAGAUCCUGAAGUGGCAAAAUUAGAAACCAACUUAAAUAAGAAACUUUCUGAUCUAAGAGGAGAGAUUAACGCUGUCAUGCAGGGUCGAAUCCAAAAUCAAGUUAAUACAUUGUUAAUAGAAAUAGAGCAGAAGAAAGCUUUGUAUGCAGAGGCAGCACAGAGAGUAACAGAUAUUAAAGAAAAGAUGGAAUCAAAAGUUGAAGCUUUACUUGCAAAUGCAGAUAAUAUA